AUUUGCGGAGCGGGAUACGUUUUUCUUGUUAUUUUCUCUAGGCAUCAUGGCGACUCUGUGUGGCGCAUCGCGGUGGCUCGUCCGGCCGGCUUUUCGCGAUGUUUCGCUUUGCAGAGUGAACCGAACACCAGCCGCUCACAGGAAGCUCCACGCAUCUUGCAAGAACGAGCAAAAGUUUGCCGGAAGCUAUGAAGUGGUGGACCACACCUUCGAUGCCAUCGUGGUGGGCGCUGGUGGAGCGGGCCUGCGGGCUGCUUCGGGCCUCGUGGAGGCUGGCUUCAAGACUGCCUGCAUCACCAAACUGUUCCCCACUCGAUCCCAUACUGUGGCUGCACAGGGAGGAAUCAAUGCUGCCCUGGGAAACAUGGAGCCUGACGACUGGCGGUGGCACAUGUAUGACACAGUGAAGGGCUCUGAUUGGCUGGGUGAUCAGGAUGCAAUCCACUACAUGACCAAGGAGGCUCCCUAUGCUGUACGAGAGCUGGAGAAUUACGGCAUGCCAUUCAGCCGGACACAGGAUGGCAAGAUCUACCAGCGGGCCUUUGGUGGCCAGUCGUACAACUUUGGCAAGGGUGGACAGGCCCACCGGUGCUGUGCUGUGGCCGACCGCACGGGUCACUCCCUUCUGCACACCCUGUACGGGCAGUCGCUGAGCUUUGACUGUAACUUCUUUGUGGAGUACUUUGCCAUGGACCUGCUGAUGGAGAAUGACGAGUGCCGGGGUGUGAUGGCACUUUGCAUGGAGGAUGGCACUCUCCACAGGUUUCGGGCCAAGAACACCGUCCUUGCCACUGGGGGCUAUGGCCGCACCUUCUUCUCCUGCACAUCAGCACACACGUGCACAGGUGACGGCAACGCCAUGGUGACCCGGGCAGGGCUGCCCCUGCAGGACAUGGAGUUUAUCCAGUUCCACCCGACGGGCAUUUAUGGGGCUGGAUGUCUCAUCACCGAGGGCUGUCGUGGUGAGGGUGGCUAUCUCAUCAACAGCGAGGGAGAGCGCUUCAUGGAACGGUACGCGCCCGUUGCCAAGGACCUCGCGUCGCGGGAUGUCGUCUCACGGGCCAUGACCAUAGAAAUACGAGAGGGCAGAGGCUGUGGGCCCGAAAAGGACCACGUGUACCUGCAGCUGCACCACCUGCCUCCUGAACAGCUGGCGACACGGCUACCGGGCAUCUCGGAGACUGCCAUGAUUUUUGCUGGUGUGGACGUCACACGUGAGCCCAUCCCAGUGCUGCCCACUGUCCACUACAACAUGGGUGGAAUUCCUACCAACUACAAGGGUCAGGUUCUGACGCAUGGGGAGAAAGUGGUGCCUGGCUUGUAUGCUGCAGGUGAAGCAGCGUGUGCCUCUGUGCACGGUGCUAACCGCCUGGGUGCCAACUCACUCCUGGACAUUGUGGUCUUUGGUCGUGCCUGUGCCCACACCAUCUCCAAGCAGUGCCGACCAGGGGACAAGGUGCCCGACCUGCCUUCUAAUGCAGGUGAGCAGUCUGUCGCCAAUCUGGACAAGCUCCGCAAUGCUAAUGGCUCCCUGCCAGUGUCCAGGAUCAGGCUCAAUAUGCAAAAGACAAUGCAGGAUCAUGCGGCUGUGUUCAGGACGGGCAGCAGUCUGCAGGAAGGCUGCCGCAAGAUGGAUGGCGUCUACAAUGAGCUGAAGGACAUCAAGGUGAGCGACCGAGGCAUGGUGUGGAACACUGAUCUGGUUGAAGGGCUGGAGCUGCAGAACCUGUUGUUGUGUGCUCGGCAAGCAAUCUACGCUGCUGAGGCACGCAAGGAGAGCAGAGGUGCACACGCCCGCGAAGACUUCAAGGAUCGCAUUGACGAGUACAACUAUGCCAAGCCCCUGGAAGGCCAGCACAAGCUUCCCCUGGAGAAGCACUGGCGGAAGCACACCCUCUCCGACAUGGACAUCGCCACGGGGAAGGUCGCACUGAGUUACCGGCCAGUCAUUGACGAGACACUGGACCAGAAGGAGUGCAAGAUGGUGCCGCCUGCCGUCAGGGUGUACUGAGUCAGUCUGUUGCCCCCAACUCAUCUCGGCAAGGAAAGCGCACAGAUGGCCGCUCAUUUCUCGAAAAAUGAAGACAAAGCAAUGAUGUUCACAAAUGUCUUUCAGUGCUCGUCGUGCAAUUCUGCGGGAGAAGCGGCAUACCUGAACUCUCCUUGUACAUAGAUCUGGUUGACGAGUCUCAACCUUGUUUGUUUUUCUGCUCUGUUACUCGGUGGUAAUUAGUGCUCGGAAUAUAUACACAUAUUUUUUUUUUAGAUGCAAGGGCAAGAUUUGCCCACACGGGACUUGACGUGCAGAGCAGCAGAAUAAUAAAAGAUGGAAGUUAUAACACCCU